ACACACACAACGUGUGGGGGGUGUUGAUUUGAACGCCCGGUGAAGUCACGGUAAGACCAAAACAUGUAGCCAGAAAAUUCGGUGUCUCGCCUUCCCAACUCGUUCGACCUAUGUAUGUGUGCUGAAACAGAGUCGAAAACAAACAACGCACGACAUUCUCAGUUUCUCAUCAAACUAAAUUAUUUUACGUUCUCUCUGUAAACCGUUGGAAUUUCUGUUCUUCUUUCGUCACCCAAGAACAGAUUACGUAAUUGAAUCAAGUUUUGAGUCUCAUUGUUUCCGUAAAUUAUGUCUCUGGUUUCGGUCAGAAUGGGUGCUCUGAGAACGUCAUUUCAAAUGCUGUUUGAUGCGGUAAAAUCAGCGCAGGAGGAGAAUACAAUGUUCCAACACCUCCUCGGAGACAUCAAAUCCACACUGGAAUCUCUACAACCACUCAUCAAAGACAUCGAAAAGUAUAACUCCAAGGAGGGGCGGGAAAAUUAUGCAAUACAGAUGGAGGAAGGAGCAAAGCUUGUUCAAAAGUGCAGCAAAGUUGGCGUGUGGAGAAAACACACAUACACCAAGAAGCUUAAUCAACUGGACAAAUCUCUUCGAAGAGUGUUUGAUGUGCUUAAACUGCAGGUUAUGAGGGUGCGAGGGAGACGUUGGUUCCUUUGAGGAAUAUCGAGACGGUGCUCUCUCGAAUAGAAGAGAGAUUGAAGAUAAAAAAUAACCAGCCUGAAAUGGUUAAAUGUUCGUCUGCGGUGCCUGAAGCGCCAUCAGUUACAGUCGGGUUGGAUUUGCCGUUGAAGGAGUUGAAGGUGAAGCUCCUUAAGGAUGAAAAGGUGUCUAUGCUUGUGCUGACCGCCGCUGGACGAUGCGGGAAAACCACCUUGGCUAAAAUGUUUUGUCAAGAUCAAGAAGUCAAAGAUACAUUCAAGAACAACAUCUUCUUUGUCAAUGUCUCGAAAAAACCCAACUUGGACCUUAUUGUACACGAACUAUAUCAACGGAAGGGGUCCGAGCUGCCUGCUUUCGAAAACGAAGACAUGGCAGCUAACUGGUUGCAACAAUUUCUGAUGGAAUCAAGACAAAAUCCUCUACUGUUUGUCCUGGAUGAUGUUUGGUCAGGAUCAGAGUCCCUUCUUGAGAAGUUUGAUCAAUUCAAGUUUUCAAAUUACAAGAUUUUGGUCACAUCAAGAUUUGCAUUUCCAAGAUUCGGUUCUCCUUAUCAUUUGGCACCAUUGAAUGAUGAAGAUGCAAUGGCUCUUUUUCACUAUUCUGCAUCCUUGGAAGAUAAGAGCUCUUAUACUUACGAAGAUCUUUCGAGAAAGAUUAUCAAGCGCUGUAAGGGAUGCCCACUUGCCAUUGCAUUGGUUGGGAGAUCACUUCGCGGCCAGCCUAUAGAAAUCUGGCACAAAAGAGUAGUGGAAUGGUGCAAAAGUUCAUCUAUUCUUGAUUCUGACAAGGAUUUACUUGCUUGCCUCCAAAGCAGCUUAGAUGCCUUGGAUAAAGAGAAGGUUAUCAUCAAGGAAUGUUUCCUCGAUCUAGGUUCUUUUCCGGAGGACCAAAGAAUUGCUGCUGCCGCUCUCAUUGAUAUGUGGGCGCAGUUAUAUGGUCUAGAUGAAGAAAUUCUGACCAUUGCCAACCUUCACGAGCUCACCGCUCGAAGUUUAGCUAAUCUUGUUGUCACAAGACAUGAGGGGGAGACAGAUGGCUAUUACACUGAACACUUUGUCACCCAGCACGACAUGCUUAAGAGAGUUGGCGAUCCAUCCGGCGAGUCAAGACCCAGCACGACAUCACUUGAUUUAGUUGAGUAUUGAAGAAGUUACGGACGUUUAAAGUUUACCCAGUUUCCGGCGAGUUUUCUAGUUUUCCCUUGGACCAGUCAACUUUGAGGCUGUUGUCUGACCAUCUCU